AUGUCAGUUUUGGUGCAAACAGAAGCGAACGGCAGCUCAGAGGAUGCAGACACACAAAAAGCCAGCAAAGGCACAUCCCCUUUGAGACGCACCGGCUCCAUUAAAGACAGAUUGACCAGAUAUCAGCUAGCAGUCUGCAAGCAGGCUUCAGUUUCCCGCUCUGCCAGCCAGUCAGAAGCAGAGGACAGUGUUUUCUGUGCUGACAGCAAGGAGAUGACGCCACCUGCUGGUCAUGGACAGACAGUGCAGAGCAAAGUCCCUAGAACAAACAUCACAAAGAUCAACGGAGAGCAUGUAAACUCAACGAGUCCCGGCACUGAAACUCUUUUAUCAGAGAACAAAGAGUUUCAUAAGGUCACCAAGCCGUUUCAAGUGGCCGUCCCAGACAGAUGUGUGUCCUGCCAGCAGACUGUUUACCAGCUGGAGAGACUAGUCGCCAAUCAGCAGAUUUACCACAAACAGUGCUUCCGCUGUGCCGUCUGUAGUACCAAACUCAGUUUGGUGGCGUUUGCUUCCCUGCAUGGCAGCAUCUACUGUAAGCCUCACUUCAACCAGCUCUUCAAGUCUAAAGGCAACUACGACGAAGGCUUUGGCCACCGGCAGCACAAGGAAAUGUGGACUUCACGAAUAAGCCAGGAGGAACCGGAGGAAAACUCCAACUCUGAGUCCAGAAGUCAGACCAGAAAGACCUCAAAGCUCGUCUGUGGAAACCAGAAACUGAGAGUGGCUUGGCCUCCUCCUGCAGACAGUGAAGGAGGAGCCAAAGUCUCCAGUCCAGCUGAAGUCAGCAAGGGUCCAUCCAGGUUUUUCAGAGCAAAGUGGCCCCCGGAGGAUGAAUCUCCAUCUUCUCAGCAGAGCACGGAAAGAGCGGAGCUGAAAACCCUACGGAGAAGCACAUCUCUCAGAGAGCGCAGUCGGCCAUUUUCUCUGGCGCCAAGCUUGAGCUCCAACCCUUCAAAUCAAGAUGCAAAAUCUGUUCCAAAGGGGGUCCGACGAGGCUCGCUGGAGAGACCUGCGCUCUCGGACAAUGGCGGGAGCCGCAGGCAGAGAGAAAAUGAGGCCGGGAUACAUGUAACCAAAAAGGAUGUGGAGCCACAACCAACAAAUAAGCAGUCUCCGAUACAAUUGAACCGAAAGGAGGAGGAGCUAGUGACCAAAAAGGAGGCGGAGCCACAAACACAGAAUAAGGAGUCUCAAACACAAUUAAACAGAAAUGAGGCGGAGCUACAACUAGCAAAUAAGGAGUCUCAGACACAAGUGACCAAAAAGGAGGCGGAGCUACCACCAGCAAAUAAGCAGUCUCAAAUACCACUAAACAGAAAGGAGGAGGAGCUAGUGAACAAGAAGGAGGCGGAGCUACAAACACUAAAUAAGGAGUCUCGGAUACAAUUAAACAGGAAGGAGGCGGAGCUACAAACACCAAAUAAGGAGUCUCGGAUGCAAUUAAACAGGAAGGAGGCGGAGCUACAAACACCAAAUAUGGAGUCUCAGAUACAAUUAAACAGGAAGGAGGCGGAGCUACAACUAACAAAACAGGAAAUUAAGGCAAAACAACAACACAGAGCUGCUGAAGAUGAGGAAAGACUGGAAAAGAAACCUGAGCUCCAGUUUUCUGCAUCUGUGGAAGAAAAAGCCCUCAGGACGUCCCAGGACGUGGGGUUUUGGGACAGUGAGGAGGCCGAGAAGUCGCUGACCGUGGAGGAGAUGAUCAAGAGGAAUCGCUACUAUGAAGAGGAAGAUGAUGAUGAUGAAGAAGUGGCAAUAGUUUGACAGUUUCUCAUUAUGUCAGUUCAGUUUUUAUUUACUCUGAAUAUCAUUGCAACCAACAAAUAUAAAAAACAUCUGCUUUAUUAUAUUAUAAUGCUUCAUAUAAAUAUAUAUUUGGACUUCUAUAAGAGCUUGGAAUUAUUGAUUUUAUUAGUAUUACUGUACUUUGUCGUUGCUCUCUUUGUUUUCUUUUGAUUGCUGUAUAAAAUAUGACUUGUUUACAAAAAUUGUUUUUAAAAAUCGAUAUUACUGUUUCCUAAUCUAACGAUUCAUUUUAAUGAUCUCAA